AUGGGAGGGGUCUCUUUCCCAAUACCAACAGAAUAUGGAAUUCCAGUUGGUCUUCGAACGGGUGUAAAAGAAGAAUACGCCAGUGACUGGUAUAAAAUCAUGUAUAAGUCGUUGCAUAGAGUUAAAUUUCCUAACGAAGGUGGUCAUACACAAAUGGUUCAUCUCGGUGACAUGUCUGAACCCGAACGUAAGCCCGAAAAAUCUGUACCUGUCACAAAUAAGCGCCAGGCAUCAUCAGAAAAACCUAGCCCGUUACCUGUUGAUACGACAAUAAUACGACACGAGCCUCGACGUGAAGUUUACAAAUAGGAACCCCGAAGCAUCACAGAAUACGAACCAGGAAAGUCUUCGUUAGCUGAGAAGGAGUUUCAAAAACAUGAAUAUUUAGGAAGUAGUCCGAAAACCCAGCAAGGACUUAGUCGUUGGUGUCGGUGGCCAAAUGUCCUUUUAAGUGAUGGUUACGAAUCAGAUUCAACGCUAAUGUGAAAAGCGGGAAGAAGCAUUGAAGUAGAUCCGGAACAACAGAUUACCUGGUACGAAGAAAUACAAAAGGGAGGAAAAAUACCUCUCACCAGUCUGCGGAAAACUGUACCAGAAAAACCUUCAGCUCCUCAGCAUCAAUUUCAAGAAACGGAAGUAAAUAUUCUCCAUCGCGCUCUUAUAAGAGAUUACAUAGAAGAAGAGCAAUUAAAGAAAAUUCAAGAAGACGUGAUGCGAAAAUUGUAUGAAGAAGAACGAAGAAAGAAACAACAACAGGAACUAGCAGAAAUUGAAAUGAGAAGGCACAGUGAUUUUUUCACACCAUCUCAAAAAUCGCCAAUUCCUCUUCGAUACGACAAUCCAUUUGACCCUGCCCACUACAGAUUGAGUCCAUCUGGAUAUCAUAGGGGUCCUCUACCAAAGACUAUGGCCAGAGCUAUAUAUCCUUUUACAGCACAAACUACCAGAGAGCUUAGUCUGAAUAAGGGAGAUAUAGUUUAUAUCAAACAGCUAAUUGACAGAAAUUGGUAUGAAGGCGAACAUCACGGUGUAAUAGGCAUAUUUCCAGUUUCUUCUGUAGAAAUUAUCCCCAAUGAAAAAGCAAAUUCGCAACCUCGAAAAGCAAUUGAAGGUGAAGCAAUAGUCAAAUACAACUUCAGAGCUCAAACACCAAUGGAAUUAUCUCUUUUCAAAGGAGAAAAAGUUUUUCUAUUAAGGAAAGCUGAUCGAAAUUGGUACGAAGGGAGCUUAGGUACCAAAAAAGGCAUUUUCCCUGUUUCAUACGUUCAAGUUCUUCAAGAACCAGGAGAGUGUCCUGACCCUCGAGCCAUAUCUCCCAAACCACCAUUAAGUCCUGUAUUCAGUCCUAUUAUUAAUGGAUCGACACCAAAAUCUAAUGAAGGUCCAACAUUUACUACAGGACUCUGGCCAAAUCAGGAAAAACCUACUCUUAAACUAGACAAACUAGAUGGCAAAUAUUUUCUCACCCAAACCCUUCAUAUAGAUACUUACAAUGAAUCUAUACCCUACCGAUCAUUGUACACUUACAAACCACAAAAAGAUGAUGAGUUAGAAUUAAUAGAGGGCGAGUUAUGGAACUUUUUCCUGGUAAAGAUAACAUCCAACGAAUAG